AGCAGGUCACAUGACGCCAGCGAACGUGUCAGGUGACUUGAGAGGCGAGCGAACGGGUCAUGUGGUUGUGAGGCCGGCUGCGGUGUCGGAGCCAAGGUCGGGAUGUCGGUGGACAUCAAGUUAAAACGGGCAAACAAAGUGUAUCAUGAGGGGGAAACGCUGUCUGGGGUGAUUAUUUUAUCCAGUAAGGAACCCAUCCAGCACCAGGGUAUCACCCUGACCAUGGAUGGAACUGUGAGCCUCCAGCUCAGUGCAAAGAGUGUUGGUGUGUUUGAAGCCUUCUACAAUUCUGUCAAACCUAUCCAGCUUAUCAGCAAUAAUAUAGAAGUAGUCAAGGCAGGAAAACUUCCCAGUGGCCGGACAGAAAUCCCUUUUGAAUUUCCACUGAAAGUAAAAGGCAGUAAAGUCCUCUACGAGACGUACCAUGGGGUCUUUGUAAAUAUACAGUACACACUUCGGUGUGAUAUGCGACGACCACUCCUUGCGAAGGAUUUGAUGAAGAACUGUGAAUUUAUUGUGCAUUCCCUGCCUCAGAAAGGGAGGUUAACCCCCACCCCCGUGGAUUUCAGCAUCACCCCUGAAUCCCUGCAAAAUGUUCGAGAGAGAACUCCACUACCCGGAUUCAAAAUCCGCGGCCGCCUCGACUCCACAAACUGCAUCAUCACCCAGCCACUGACUGGUGAGCUGGUGGUGGAGAACCUGGACGUGCCUGUCAAAAGCAUUGAGCUUCAGCUGGUGCGAGUGGAAACCUGUGGUUGUGCUGAAGGUUACGCCAGAGAUGCCACAGAAAUUCAGAACAUCCAGAUAGCUGAUGGCAACGUUUGCCAAGGUUUGGCCAUACCUAUCUACAUGGUGUUUCCCCGACUCUUUACCUGCCCCACGCUGGAAACAACAAAUUUCAAAGUCGAAUUUGAGGUGAAUAUUGUGGUGGUUCUCCAGGAUGAUCACCUGAUCACCGAGAAUUUCCCGCUUAAAAUCUACCGUUUCUGAAUUCUGCGUGGAUGGAGCUAUUGAUCUGGGGUCGUGCGGCACCCGUGUUCUCUAAGGACUUGGAAUACAUUCCAUUCUGAGAAGCUCACUUUCUACAAAACCUGGCUCUCAUUUUUUUGAGAACUGGAUAAUUUUCUUAUUUAAAACAAAAUAAAUAUUUGCACAUUUGACUUUUCCCCUUGAUAAAAUUGAUAAGGGAAAUAAUGCCAUUAUUAACACAGCUGGAUAGAGAAAGUGGUUUGUAAAACUUGAGAUGUUGGAGUUUCAAAAGGAAGAGUGCACAAAGUAUGGAUAGGGCACAGCUGGGGAUUUGCAUUUCAACAUUGCUCAUUCCAUUUACAGAUGCAGAGUCCCCGAGAGGACUGAAAAGAAAAAUCACUAGGUGAAAAUGUUUUCUAUUGAGUGUCAAUUGAACAACAUUUGGAACAGGAAAGGUUGAGAGGUAAUUUUGAUAGAAGAAUGCAAAUUUCAGUUGAUUUAGAGAAAGUUUCUAGGACCAGAACUUUGUUGUGGAGUCCCGAACCAAAGGGCACAGCUUCAGAAUAGAAAGAUGUCCCUUUUGAACAGAGAUGAGCAGGAAUUUAUUUAACCAGAGGUUGGUAAAUCUUUGGAACUUAUUGUCAUAGAAGGCUGUAGAGACCAAGUCGUUGGGUAUAUUUAAAGUGGCAGUUAAUAGGUUAUAAAUUAGUAAGGGUGUCAAAGGUUACAGUGAGAAGGCAGUAGAAUGGGAUUGAGGAGAAUAAUAAAUCAGCCAUCAUGGAACAGUUGAUGGGCUGAAUGGCCUAAUUCUCUUGUCUUAUGGUAAGUAGAAAAUCUGUUCAAACAUAGGAUCUGUUUACAUUAGUGGAUGAUUCAACGACACACUCAAUAGUUUUAAUGACAGAUUGUGUUGAUAUGCAGGAUGCCCCCAAUGUCGGCUACCCCGCAGUAUUAUACGACCAGCUACAUCAUGGUCGAUGCUCAGCUGGAGGGCUGAAAAAGUGCUAUAAGGAUCAGAUGAAGAAUGCUUUAAGGACGUGCAAGAUCAGACCCAAGGACCUGGAGGAGGUUGCUGCUGACCGUACCACUUGGCGACAGCUGUGUAGGAACAGGGUUCGUAUUCUGGAGAUGGAAUUAACAACCAGAAGACAGCAGAAGAGAGCCAGGAGAAAUGCAGCCAUGGUUGGCACCACUACCACAUAUACAUGUCCCACCUGCAACAGAGCUUGUGGGUCCAGGAUAGGACUGUAUCGUCAUCAAAGAUCUCACCGUUAAAGGAGUGGACGUCGUCAUCGGAUUGCGAUGGACAACGGAAGUGAAGUGAUAUGCAGCAGCAUUUUUGUAUAGUGUUACUGAUCUGCAAUGCAUUAUUUAAUUUCAUGGAGAAGGUAGAUUCAGUUAUGGUUUUAUGUAGGGAGAUGGAUAAAUAUUGUGAAGUAAGAAAGAUUCCAGGUGUGUUGAGGAAUUGCGAUGGAAUAGAUUGAGUAAUUGAGACAGGCGAGACAGCUGUACAGAAACUAGCACAAAACUCACUGGGUCAGCUGUCGGUGUGAACCGCAGUAGGUUUACAGUACAGGGAUUGAAACCAGAAUUUCUGUACUAAAAUACAAAAACUGAAACUAACAAAAAAUGAUUCUGAAAAGUAAGGAGUUUCAAUGCAGGUAAACUUGGGGGUGUUGCCAGGAUGAAUAAAGACAGUGUAUAUUUAUUGAAGAGUCAAAUAGGAACGGGUGUAAUGUAAUCAGGGAUAUGGACCCAUACUAUUAAGAAUGCAAAACCAGGAUUCAUUCCCACAGUUAUGGAACUCACAAUUUCUAAUACACCAGUAUAAGUACAUAGUUCUGACUCCAUAAUAUGAAAACAACAGCACCAGUCAUUUAUAUGACAGGAUUAGCUGUCUGAAAGUAUCUAAUGGGGCUAUUACCAAACUAAAAAUUACCGCAGUAAUAUCACUUCCCAAAAGCUUGGUUGAGGUGAUGGGUUUCCGGGCUGAGUCAAUCCUGUUUAAUGUUAUUUCCUCUGCACAAGUGUAAGGAGAGUAAAAUAAUCGUCACUCCGGAUCUGAUGCAGCACCAAAUAACCACAAAAGUCUUAGGUACAUGUAAAAGAAAGAUGCUUUCAAAAUUAAUGAAAUAAAUGGUUUCUAAAUAUCAAGAAAAUUACUAUAAAGAGCAGUAAAGUUUAAAAAAAAAUUAAAUCAAAUCAAUAUUUGGUGUGACUGUCCUUUGCCUUUAUGGGUGCACUGUGGUGCAGUUCAGUAAGGAAGUAGGAUGGUAGGUUGUGCCAUGCAUCUUGCAGAUUUUAUCACAAUGCUUCUGCAGCCUUUAGCUGUCAUGCUUUCUCCUGUCUCACCAGGUAAUCCCAGACAGCCUUGAUGAUUGUAAAUAAUUGUAUAAGGGCUAAGAGAGUUGUAAAGGAGCGCCUGAAGGCUUUAUGUGUCAAUGCAAGGAGCAUUCGUAAUAAGGUGGAUGAAUUGAAAGUGCAGAUUGUUAUUAAUGAUUAUGAUAUAGUUGGGAUCACAGAGACAUGGCUCCAGGGUGACCAGGGAUGGGAGCUCAACGUUCAGGGAUAUUCAAUAUUCAGGAGGAAUAGACAUGAAGGAAGGGGAGGUGGGGUGGCGUUGCUAGUUAAAGAAGAGAUUAACGCAAUAGAAAGGAAGGACAUAAGCCGGGAAGCUGUGGAAUCGAUAUGGGUAGAGCUGCGUAACACCAAGGGGCAGAAGACGCUGGUGGGAGUUGUGUACAGGCCACCUAACAGUAGUAGUGAGGUCGGAGAUGGUAUUAAACAGGAAAUUAGAAAUGUGUGCAAUAAAGGAACAGCAGUU